AUGAAGGCUCUCAUUCUUCUGGCUCUUUGCGCCGUGGCUUAUGCCGCUCCCAUUGAGGAUGACAAGAUUGUCGGAGGCUACGAGUGCAGAAAGAACGCUGUUGCCUACCAGGUGUCUCUGAACUCGGGCUACCACUUCUGCGGAGGCUCCCUGAUCUCUAGCACCUGGGUGGUGUCUGCUGCUCACUGCUACAAGUCCCGCAUCCAGGUGCGUCUUGGCGAGCACAACAUUGCUGUGAACGAAGGCACUGAGCAGUUCAUCAACUCUGCCAAAGUGAUCAAGCAUCCUCGCUACAGCAGCAGUAACCUGGACAACGACAUCAUGCUGAUCAAGCUGAGCAAACCCGCUUCCCUGAACAGCUAUGUGAAGACCGUGGCCCUGCCCUCCAGCUGUGCCUCCUCUGGUACCAGGUGUCUCAUCUCCGGAUGGGGCAACAUGAGCGGCUCUGGAAGCAACUACCCCGACCGCCUGAGGUGCCUGGAUGCUCCCAUCCUGAGUGACAGCAGCUGCAGAGGCUCCUAUCCAGGACAGAUCACCUCCAACAUGUUCUGCGCUGGCUUCCUGGAGGGGGGAAAGGACUCUUGCCAGGGUGACUCUGGCGGCCCUGUGGUCUGCAACGGUCAGCUGCAGGGAGUGGUGUCCUGGGGCUAUGGAUGUGCCCAGAGGAACAAGCCUGGAGUCUACGCCAAGGUCUGCAACUACAACUCCUGGAUCCGCAGCACCAUGUCCUCCAACUAA